UCUGGUGCCAAUAAGAUAGCACAGCCUUGUAAUACAGUAAACCUAACCCGAGUCUGAGCGGUGAAUAAACGAGCUGACCCUGCUAUGUAAUAUCACGAUGUUCGUCAGAUGUGAAACGACUUUGUUAGCUUGUUGAAAAGCUAACCUAGCUAUUGGCUAACUCAGCAAGCGUCGUCCAGUAAAGUUAACUUAGCUGUUGUUGUCAAAAACAAGAUGCUCGUCGUUAAGUUAGAUGAUGUUACACUUAGGUGUAAUUAUUGAGAGGUUAAUUUAUGUUGCGAUGAAAGCUAAUAAUAGCUUCUGAUUUCUGAUAACUGUGUAGUGAACUGAAUUGAUUUAAACCAAUUUAUUAACUCGCCUGAUACAACACUUGCUAGCUGCAGCUGACAUUUAUUCUUUGAGAGCAGCUUUGCGUCUCCUGGCAAACGCCAGAAGGCCUGUGUUUUGCUGUAUGGGCUGCUUUUUGUUCGGCAGUGUUCGUGUUGUGCGAAUCAGGAUGUUUUUGUUUUUAAAUAUCCUUUCCCAUGUAAACGAAACCAGCCCCCCUGCCAGACUGUAUCAGCGUUCACCCUCACAUCGCCUUAUCUCCCUUUCACAGUAAAUAAGGUCAAAGGCGUAAAGCAGCUGAAUCACCUGGCAGACGGCAGCUUUCCUUUGACCACCACCACCACCAUCAUCGUCAUCUCAGGGACCAUCUACAGUGACUAGGAGCUCCCCUUUAACCUCGGUGGAUCUCUGCUGGCUCUUUGGUAAGGUAACUGGCAGACAGGAAGACACUAAUAAUGUCUGCAGAAAAGAUGGAGACAACCGGCAGUUUGUUAAAUGGAGCGGGGGCUGUACAUGAGGAGAAAGAGGACAUCCUCAGACCUGAUGAUCUGUCUGAGAUGCUUGCAGCAGGGACCAAGGUGGUUCAUGAAAAAGCUGAGAACACCCAGUUUGUGAAGGAUUUCCUAAAGGGGCGCAUCCGCAAAGAGCUCUUUAAGCUUGGUCAUGUAGCACUCUACUAUACUUACACAGCCAUGGAGGAGGAGAUUGAAAGGAACAAGGACCACCCCUACUUUGCCCCCCUUUAUUUUCCUGCAGAGCUGCACCGUCAUGAGGCUCUGGCCCUUGACCUUGAGUACUUUUACGGCCCUGACUGGCAGUCCCAGGUCAGCUGCUCCCAGGCCACCCAACGCUAUGUGGACCGUAUCCACCAAGUAGGGCAGGAAGAUCCAGUGCUGUUGGUGGCCCACGCCUACACCCGCUACAUGGGGGACCUAUCUGGGGGUCAGGUGCUGAAGAAAGUGGCGCAGAGAGCCAUGAAACUUCCUCCCACAGGAGAAGGGCUGGAAUUCUAUCAGUUCAAUGCCAUCCACAGUGCCAAAGCAUUCAAGCAGCUGUACCGCAGUCGGAUGAACGAGCUGGAGCUGGACAUGGAAACAAAGCAGAAGCUGGUGGACGAAGCUGUCAUGGCCUUCCAGUUCAACAUGGAGGUGUUUGACGAACUGGAAGAGAUCAGUAAAACCAUCCAGGAAGAUGUUUUAGAUGCCGGCUUGCCCGUCCAUGGAGCAAUGGGUGGAGACAUCAGCAAAUGUCCCUACUAUACUGCCAAAAUGGCGGCGACCAGUGGAACAGCCUACGCAUGUCAGAUCGCCAUGGCUGUGCUCCGACACCCAACAGGACAGGUGCUGUUUGCGACUUGGUUUGCUGCUUUGGCUGGAUUGGCUGCGUGGUAUCUGAUGUAAUACAGCCCCUCAGCCUGUCACUCUCACUGUCUGCUGCUGUGAGAGAGUGGCAGGAGAAAUGCUGAAGGAAGGACAGUAAGGAAAGUAGAAAACCCUUGAACACUAUAGAGCAUUUCAUAGUUUCAAACAAACAUUCUAAACAGGUCCAAGUUUAUUAAAUGUUGCAUAUUUGAUAGCUCCAGGAAAUAUACUUGGAUCUGUUUCUUAUCAAUGGAAUUCCAAUGAGAUGAUCUAUAGGACCAUUACGACAUCAAAACUCCAUCCAUCCAUCCAUCUAUCCAUCCAUCAAGCUACACCUUGUUGCAGUCUCUCCUCCGGUCUUUUUAUUUCUCUACGUCCUUUGCACUGUCCCUCCAUCUUGUGUACUUCCAGUGUUUGGUCGUAUCUCAAGACCUUCUUUAUCUGAUAUUUUCUCUCAAAUUUUAAUGUCACUCAUUUACAUAAUUGGCUAUACAGGGAUACAUUAAAUAAUGAUUAAUGUAUUAUUUAAAGCCACUGCUGAGCUUAGUAAAAACACGUUAAAAUGUACUAUGCAUAUGUUAUGCAUGAUUAUAAUAGCACAGCAGGUUUUUUUCAGGACAUACUGCUGUGAUUUUUAGGUCUUUGUGUUUUUGCAUAACUAAAUCUUAAUUUGACCUGGAAGAGAACGUAAUAUUUGUCUUAAUAAUACAACAGUGAAACAACGGUUUAUUUGGACAUAUCCCCAUAUACUGUAUCUUUUACCUCUACAUGUUUAUUGUCGUUCCAAACUAAAUGUGAAAACACGGUGUGCUGCUUUGCAUUUAUGUUAAGUUCAUCAUCACAUUUCAAGAUUCAUACUUGGGCCUUACAAGAGGGUUGUACUGCGAAAGAGAUGAUAGGAUUCAAAAGGUUUGCUUUUUUCCCCCAAAAUAUAGCACACCUACACUUAGUCGAGUGUACGAUUAAUAAACAUGCUCAAAUACUAGUAAAUAUACCAGGUAUUUGAAUAUCUGCUGAUGCAUGUUCAAUAAUACUAUUUUUCUGUUUCUGGAUUAUGUGAAGGGGCAUAUUGUAUUCAUAAAGAAUCUGCGUGUUGUUGUUGAAUUAAUUGCACAGUUUUAAUUUUCCUGGAUGAAUGAGUCAUUGGUGAAUCAGAUAUAACUGCUGCAGGAGCAUAUUUUUAGGACAAAAGUGUUAACAAAGGUGAUUGCAGCUGUCCUUUUUUGUACUGUUUUAUCCAAAUUCAUGGAAUAGAUACACAGUCUAUCUACAUGGAGGCUUAAAUGUGUCUGAGUAUUGUGGUUUAUUAUGAACCAUUUCAGCUAAGGUACUGAUCUGUUGGUCCCUCAGCAGCUCUGCUCAUGUUCAGGUAUCCAUUUGUAAUGGAUACACUUAUAUGCAUCAUAACUAAAACUGUUAUCAUAUGUUGUUCAUACUGUAUGUUGGUCACAAUAAUUUGUUCAACAUAGAUGAAGAGAAAUAUUUUGUGCUGUGUGUAUUGCAGUGUAAUUGCACUUAUUUGCGACUGAAGUUGAAUAUUUAUCCUGACACAAUAUUGACAUUUUUUGAACUCUGCUUUAUCUUUCCAAGCUGUUUUUUGUUGUUUUUUUUCCACUGCUUGGAUUUAUUGGACACAGAGAACCAAAGGAAACCUGCUGAUAACAAUAUUUCACACAAGUUCCUGUGCUGUGUAUAUUUGUACAACACAUUCACUUGUGUAUGGAUGUGCAGUGUUCCUUCAGGAUAACAGCUGUACUGCAGCUGUUUGAUCACAGACAGAGAUCUAAGUGAUGCUGUGUUUUGUAUUUGAGAGUCUCAGGUUCAUGAUACAGUCAGACGGCAAUACAAUGCAUUGCAUAAAGAGGACUAAUACAGGGACUGCCUGAUAUAAACCUGUAGUUCAUUGUCCAUGGUUUUGUUUGUUUUUUAAUUUUCAUGAUGCCAGUCUGAUGUGUCACAACACUUAAGUAUUUUUUUUGACAUAUAUUAAAGAGACGUUUGAAUCUCAGGAGUUGAGGUAGUUUUAGGCCAUUAAUUAAACCAUAGAUUAACACGAGUGGAAUGCUGGUCUAAUUCACGUUGAUUUUGAAUUAUUUUGCAUUUUCAUUAACUCUGCUCUUAAUCCCUUUGUGUAUUUAACUGGACAAAGCUUUAUUAGUUCCAGAAUAGGAUACUCUGAUUAUAAGAGAGUGAAAAUCCAGAACUAUGCUGUGCUCUCCUUAACAAAAUAACCUGCUUUCCUGUUCAUGCUGAAAUAAAGAUGAUUCAUUCAUUCAA